CUGAUAUUGGGAGGGGAGGGGCCCUGACCAACAGGAAUGAUGCUACCUGCCGAGGCCAGAGGUUUUAAGUAGAGACAGAACAUCUCCUCAACUGCAUACUAGCUGCAGUCUUUGGCUCUCAUCCGUUGCUGUUGCUUUUACUUCCCACAAGUUGCUAACCAUGCUGAAGAAGUUCCUGUUCACCUCGACCUUGUUAGCUUUGGUGCUGGCUUUCCCAAGAGAAAUACCAGAUAUGGUCACUUCUUACAGUGAUGACACAACAGCGAGUCCUACUGUGUCCCCAGAUUUCACCACUUCCUACAUAGUGGAAACAACAUCACAGACAAAUGAUUUCACCAGAUUUUCUACUGAAGAGGCAACAGCAGAAACAGCUGACUUCACCACUUCUUACACUGAGGAGACAACGGCAGAGCCAAAGGAUAUAACUACUUUUUAUACUGAAGACUCAAGCUUACAGGCUACAGAGGACCCUGUAACCAGUGUGAGUGGAGAAUACAAGACUGGAUCUGCUGAACCUACCUCUUUUGUGACUGAAGAAGAGUUCAAGGAAUCCAGCACCAGUGGGAGUGGAGAUCUGUGGAGUGAGUACUUUGAAUCCAGCACCCUCACAAAUGAAGCCUAUUCAACUGGAACAGCCAAUGAAUCCAGGACCAUCUCCACUGACCUAUAUACGCUGGAUGGAACAUCUGAACCCAGCACCAGUUUGAAUGGAGAAUCUGUGACUGAGGGAGCACAGGGAUCCAGCAACACCCAGGAUAAUGUGGGAAGUGAAGACCAGUCCUAAUAUGAUGCACAAAUAAAUCCAGACUGAAGAGGCAUAACCCACCUUCCAGUGACAUCAGCUUUAUCACAAAAACAUUUAAGUCUUAGAACUACAUAGCAUUUAAGAUUAGUUUUGUAGGAUAUUGGCUGUUAAAUUCCUAGGAGUAUUUUAUAUUCUGUGGUACUUUGAUUCCUAUUUGUGUUUUAUAAUUUAUUAACAAGGUGGAAAAAAGGCA